AUGGCAGGAACACGUUCACGUUCUGGCGCAAAAGCCACCUCGCCAAACACAUCUACACCUCCUAAGCCCGCCAAUACCGCUUCCAAGAAACGAGGCGCUCCAACAGACUCGAGCGCAGAAGCGCCAAAGAGGAAACGCGGCCGUCCCUCAAAGGCCUCCAAAGCUCUUGAGGCUACGCAGAAGAAGGAGGAGGCGAAAGAACAAAAGACUCUUGAGGAGACUUUGACUGAUGGUGCUACCAAUGGUGAAGCUGCUAAUGGUGAAGAAAAGGAUGAAGAAGCGAACGCAAACGGUGCAAAUGGCGCCGACGGGGGUGAGAAGAUGACUGGGGUUGAAACUAAUGGCAAUGUGGAGGAAGAAGCUAAAGAACAGACGAAUGGUCAUGCUGAAGCCGAGUCAAGCAACAAGAAAGACGAAGAGAAGCCUACUCCAGCGAAUGGUGAGGAAAAGUCAGCCGAAAAGACAAAUGGAACAACUUCAGAGGACGCAAAGCCCCAGGAGACCGAGGAGCCUGCCAAAGAAAAGAACGCCUUUGACGAAGUCAAGUCCGAUGAAGCAGAUGCUCACAAAUCAGCUGAAAAGGAGCAAGAUACCAAAAACGAGGAAAUCAAAGCCAACAACGACUCGGUUGUCGAGGACUCUGCUCGCGAAGCCGCCAUCCCUUCCUCAAUUCUUGAGAAAGGAAUUAUAUACUUCUUCUUCCGCGCACGCGUCAAUAUCGAUGAGCCACAGGGUAUUGAGGAUGUAGCACGUUCAUAUAUUGUUCUCCGUCCCAUCCCACUUGGUGCAAAAAUUGGCGACGGUCCUCUUCAAGAUGAUGGUAAAGCACGUCUUCUGGCUCUUCCUAAGAAGAUGCUACCGAAGAGCCGCAACGAUCGCUUCUUGAUGUUUGUAGAGAAGCAAGGUCUCACCAUCAAGGACUUGAGAGAACAAUUUUCGGGUACUGAGUAUGCUACCAAAACCGUUGGUACAAGCCAAACCCCAUCUGCCACCCCCUUCGCCGAAGGCGUCUACGCCAUCACCAGCACAGGCCGUGAAUCCCACCUCGCAUACACCGUUACCGUCCCAAAGGAAAUCGGUGAGAUCCAAAAAGAGCUAGGCAUCAACACUAAAGGCUCCUUUGUCUGCUCCGUCAAGAAUCCAGAGGCUCCCGGCCCUGCGAAUGCCACCAUUGACAACCCAGCAAAAUACCCAAAGGAAUUGCAAGCUAAGUUCAGAGGCCUCAGAUGGACGCCUCUAGACCCGGAACUCUUGGAUUACGAGGGCACGCAGUUUUUGGUCAUUGGAGAGGGUGUUGAUGGCGGGUUUGGAAAGGCAGUUGAUGAGGUGAAGAAAGAUGCUAAGGAUGAGACAAAGGAGAAACCAGAGGAGGAAUUGGAGAAGUUAGAGGAGGAGGAUCACGACCGUGUUGAAGGUCUAAAAGAAAAUGACCCCGUGUUUGCCGAUCUCGGAUUGAGUUCCAAGGAGUAUUCUCAUUUGGAAACAACAUGGUAA